AGCAUGCGCAGAAACACCGGCAACCAUAGGGCUAUGAAAGUAAAUAAUGGCGCUCGCCAAAGAUCUCAGGCACUGACUGACCAUGAAGAAUCGAUCCAAUCUAUCAGCUUCCUUUAUAGUUCUUCUUCCAUCUUCUAGUUGAGGUUGGAAUUGAAGAACCACGCUUGCAUCUGUACUAAUUUUAGUUUGUUUUGUUACACUUAGAGUCUAAAACCAGGCCACCGCCUAGGAAUUUAAAACGUCAAAAUGGAACUGAGGGUCGGAAACAAGUAUCGCUUAGGUCGAAAGAUCGGCAGUGGUUCUUUCGGUGACAUAUACUUGGGUACUAAUAUUACGAACGGCGAAGAAGUGGCAAUCAAGCUAGAAUGUGUAAAAACCAAGCACCCUCAGCUUCAUAUCGAAAGCAAAUUUUACAAAAUGAUGCAGGGAGGUGUUGGAAUUCCCACAAUAAAAUGGUGUGGUGCCGAAGGGGAUUACAAUGUCAUGGUUAUGGAACUACUCGGUCCAAGCCUGGAAGAUCUCUUCAAUUUUUGUUCAAGAAAAUUUAGCCUUAAAACAGUUUUACUUCUAGCAGAUCAGUUGAUUAGCAGAAUUGAAUACAUUCACUCAAAGAACUUCAUUCAUCGUGAUGUAAAACCAGACAAUUUCCUCAUGGGGCUGGGUAAAAAAGGCAAUCUUGUUUAUAUCAUAGACUUUGGCUUAGCCAAGAAAUACAGAGACGCGAGAACACAUCAACAUAUACCUUACAGGGAAAACAAGAAUCUCACUGGCACAGCAAGAUAUGCCAGCAUUAAUACACAUUUAGGAAUAGAACAAAGUAGGCGAGACGACUUAGAGUCACUGGGUUAUAUGCUUAUGUACUACAAUCUCGGGAGUCUGCCAUGGCAAGGACUAAAGGCAGCCACCAAAAGACAAAAAUAUGAGAGAAUAAGUGAAAAGAAGAUGUCAACACCCAUUGAAGUUCUUUGCAAAGGCUAUCCAUCGGAGUUUGCCACGUACCUGAAUUAUGUCCGUUCCCUGGGCUUUGAAGACAAGCCUGACUAUUCCUACCUACGUCAACUCUUCCGAAAUCUCUUUCAUAGGAAAGGUUUCACCUAUGACUAUGUCUUUGAUUGGAACUCGUUGAAAAUUCAUGGUGGUUCUUCCAGGGUCCCCCAUGUGGAAGAUGAUAGAAGAGAAAGGGACCGGGAACAUCGGCACACGCACACAUCAACCACCAGAGCAUUACCAGGAACAGCCAAAUUUAAACACGAUUCCAGUGGAAUGCCUCUAGGUGCUGGUGCACCAAGUCCAGGCCCUGCCAAUCCAUCUUCCCGUCCAGUUUCACGAGCAGAGGCCCAGAGGAAUGUCAGUCGUCGACUACACCGAGGCGUACCACCCAUAUCCAGUGCUGAUCCAUUGAGGCGGGAGCCGACACGCAUGUCCGCGUCAUACGCCACUGUGAAUGGUAUGGGCAGUGGGCCGCUGAGACCUGAUACAGCCGUCAAGGACAGGGAAUAUGAUAUCACGGCUAGAUCAUCGUCAUCACGAUAUCUUAAAAAAUAAGUGAGAUAUACAUGUUAGCUGUGACUCGUCAGAAUUCAAUAUUGACUAAUUUAAACAGGAUAUCGUUUGCAGUUGUCAAGCUCAUGCCAUCCAAGAUGAUUUUCUACAAUAACUUAUUGAUGUGCUACAAGUGUGGAUUUCUCGUAGUCUUUAUAAAUACUUUUGAAAGAGAACUCUCGUCUGAAACCCGCUUGAUGAACACUUUUUGAAUACAACUUUCUCCUGAGGUGUGUUUAUUGAAAUAAGCAGACUGCUGACCUUUCUACUGGCUUUAUCAGUAAAAACAGAUGUUUUUUUUUUUUUAUUUUAUGAUGUUCUAAGUGACAUUCGUGGGAGUCUCUUUCAACUGAGAAAGAGGUACGUACUGUGUUGUUGGUAUUGCUUAGUAACAAAUGUACGUCAGACAAGCAGUGCCGAACAAAAUAAUACCGGUACACACAAUAGUUGUGCAGCUUUGCCCGCAACUUUAGAUUUUGUUGAAACAAAAUUGCGUAAUGUGUGUACUAUGUCUGCCUACCUACCCUAUCAGAAAUGGCAUAUUUUGAUACACAGAAAGAAGCCUUUGUAAGUCUCCCAAUUAUUUUUUUUUUCGGAAAAAGAAUUUUUUGUGUACUUUUUGUGUGAAAAUACUUGUAAAUAUAGGAAGUUGUUUGUACCUGGUGAAUGUUAAUCAGUCUUGUUAGCCACCUCAUGUUCCCAGUUUUUGUUUAGACAUGGCAUGCUUUUGUAGGGUGUGAGCACUGCAUCACUUGAGAUCCAGACCUCUGAGUAUAUGAAAAUGUACCUUAAAUUAUCACUUGAUUCAUGACAGGAAAUUUGAAAAUUUUGGCUUUGUUUCUGGUAAUAACAAAAUUGAUGCUAUUCAUUUAGUUACAGUUGUUACAGUUGAUCAAAUGCUAUUAAAAUUGGGAGGAAAGGUUUUGCCAACAAAUCAUACCAUUUGCUUGUAAACUGGGAAAAGAUUUGCAUUGUCUGCAUGAACAUUAGUCUUGGCUUCAAGCAAGAGGUGGCAUUUGGGAAGAUGGGGUGGCAGAUGACAUUGUAUCAUUAGUGAUGUAGUUCUGUGGCAUGUUUGUGAAGUUCAUGUGCACAUUCUGGUCAUCUUUAAUUCAUCAACUUGUCGAUUUUAGGGUGCCUAGGCAUAUUGACUCUCUUUGUAGAGUGUGCCUAGUUUUGGCUGCUUUCAUUAUGUUUCUAAAGUCUUUUCUUUGAGUUUGCAUCAUGGGGUUCAAGUCAGCAGGAAUAUGGUAAUUUCUCGUAUCGUUUCAGUGCGUAGGAACUUUCCUGCCAGACAAUGGAGGUUGUAUUCUUUGUCUAUGGCGUGGCAUCGAACUUGCACAACAGUCGAAUUUGAUAAUGUCAAAGACAUGGAAAUUAUUCAUUUUGUCCCUGAGGAUUGUAGAGAGAUUUAUAAUAAUGCUCAUUCAGCCUUUCCUUUGAACCCCUCACCUACGUCACCAAAUAGCAAAACUAUCAGUUUCAGCUGUUUUAUGAAUGUACAGGCAAAAUAUUGGAUUUAUGUUCCUAUUAUCGAUUAGUAAAAUGGCUCAACUUUUAAAGUGUUGAUGCCAUCAUAUGGAAGUAUUAAAACUAUGAAGUUUUGUAAUACCAAAUUUACUCUAUUUAAAACCCAUUUCCAAUAGUGCAUAUAAACCAAAGAUGAGUUUUCCAGGAAAAUAAAAUAAAAUAAGACUCCUUCAACUCCAUAGAAAAAAAAAUGCCUUUCAUGUAGCUAAGAGCAUGUGCUUCUAAUAGAGCAAAUAUGGUAUGUGCUGGUAUAGCUGUUCUGGUUAUGAGGUUAUUCAAAAUGCCCCUGUUUUGACUGGUGAAAUGCAUUGGUUUGUCAGCUAAAUGUAUAUCCAUUACUUUAUGCUUGGUUGAGGUACAGGAUAUUGUCCCUUCCAGAAUGUAAUCAUGCACAAUGGGUGCACAGUGCUACUAAAUUAUAACAUGCAUGAGAGAGUGGUCACCAUACAAAUGGGGAAUGACACUCCCUGUGAAUGUUUAUUUUAUUUUUUAAUCAUUCUGUACUCCACCUGUUUUUUUUUUCUCCAUGUAUUUCAUUCAGCACUAUUCUUCUGGUUUGUGCCGACUCAAGACGACAUUUGGGUUUAAUCUUAGUACAUCAAUAAAGAAUUCAACUGUACAGCAUUUUCAUAUAA